AUGCUUCACGGAGGCCUUUCUAACCCUCACGUUCAACAAUGGCUUCCAAAUCUUUGCAUUUUAUUUAUUUUAUUAGGAGGGGCAUUUGCCUUUUACACAACAUUAUUUCCUGAACGCCUCUUUCCUGGAAAAUUUGAUUUAAUUGGUUGUUCACAUCAAUGGUGGCAUAUUUUUGUACUUGCUGCCAUGGUAUUUUGGAAUUGGUCGGGAAUCCAACUUUUAACUUUUUACCAUUCAACAACAAAUAAUAAUACAUAUAAUAUUUUUAAAUAA